AUGGCAGAGAGGAGAGCAGCAGUGAAGGCCGCCGCUCAACACGACUUCCUGCAGUUCAAUGAUCUGGUGUGUGAGGCGGUCGGUGGGAAGGUUGUCUUUGCGACAGACGAAUGGUUCGCUCCUGCUGCAAACCUGCUGAAGAGAGAGCCGCCAGAGUUCAUCGCUUCUGCCUUCACUGAGUUUGGAAAGUGGAUGGACGGAUGGGAGACGAGGAGAAAGAGAAUAACCGGUCACGACUGGUGCAUCCUCCAGAUGGGAGUUCCAGGGCGGAUCCACGGCUUCGACGUUGACACGUCCUUCUUCACUGGAAACCAUUCGCCCCACGUCUCCAUCCAGGCCGGCUGUCUGGACCGACCACUCACCUUCUCCCUGGAAGGAGAGCGAACCGGCAUGGCCGCCUCCGAAAGUCAGCUGGCUGCUGUCGCCAAGCUGGGCUCGGAGGCGUGGCCGGAGCUGGUGUGUGUGUCGGAGCUGAAGCCGGGAUACUCAGACUGCUGCCAUAACUACUUCAAGGUCAACUCUAACCUCAGAGUCACACACCUGCGCCUCAACAUGCACCCAGACGGAGGGAUAUCCAGGCUGCGGGCGUACGGCGUCGGACAGAGAGACUGGUCCAAUGUCUCCCCCAACCAGGACGUCGACCUGGUAGCUCUGACCAAUGGGGGAGUCUGCCUCGGCUACAGUGACGCCCACUUUGGGCACCCACGCAAUAUGAUUG